AUGUCUCGUCAUCUCUGUGUCACCGCCGUAGAUGGCCACACUGGCUUCGCUAUUGCGGAGCUAGUAUUGACGAAUAACAGCUUCAAAAAAGCCAUCAAUACAGUCACCGGGUUAUCGCUUCAGCCCGAUGCGGAGUCUUGCAAAGAGCUAUCCAAAUUGGGUGCCAAGAUUGUUCCACACGAGCCGGGUCGACUGAAGAACAUGGUCAAGACCCUGCAGAAGACCGAAGCAGACACGCUUUGCCUCAUACCUCCCGCGCAUGAAGACAAGUUCGACUUGACGUUGGAGCUGAUAGAGGCAGCAAAGAAAGCAAACAUUCCAAAUGUUUGUCUUAUCAGCUCCGCUGGCUGCGACGUCGCUGAACGGAGCAAACAACCAAGACUGCGGGAAUUUAUAGAUCUUGAAACACAUUUCCUAUCCAGCAAGGGCGAUCCAUCCAGUUCUGCGGGUCAUUCUCCUGUUGUGAUUCGCGCCGGGUUCUAUGCAGAGAAUCUCCUCCUAUACUCACCGCAGGCACACGAAGAAGGCGUGCUUCCCAUUCCGGUUGGCACCAAUCACAAGUUCGCUCCAAUUGCUCUAGGGGAUGUCUCCCAGGUGGCCGCGCACGUUCUUUGUGGAAAAGGAAAGCACGGUUUCAGCGACCAACAUCGCGGCCAAUUGAUUGUAUUGACUGGGCCCAUGCUUGCAACUGGUGACGAGCUUGCGGCAGCUGCUAGCCAAGCAUUAGGAAAGGAUUUGAAAUUCGAGGAUAUUUCGGAGGCCGAGGCGAAGAAAGUCUUGCAUGCCCAGUCGACUAGUGAUAAUUCUGAGCUGCAGUAUCUACUUGAGUAUUACUCCUUGGUCCGAGAGGGUAAAACCAACUAUAUCUCAACAACCGCUUUCCAUGAUAUCACGGGCGCGCACCCUCAGGAACCCAACGGAUUUUUCCAAGUCUACGCUGAAGAAUUCCAGCCAAAGAACGCGAACAAGAGGCGGAAGUUGAGUGCAAAACGGUGA